AGGUUGACCUGCAAAGACAGGGGAAGCAUGGAAACAAAGGAACAAUUCCAAAUGUUUACCUGCUUAUCUCGAAAGUGUCCCACCCCCCAGCCUGAGGCCUCUGGGAGCCCUGGUCCUGAGCAGCCAAUGCACCAGUCCAGACGGCUGCAAGUCACCAUGGACGCUGAAGGCCUGGCACUGCUGCUGCCGCCCGUCACCCUGGCAGCCCUGGUGGACAGCUGGCUCCGAGAGGACUGCCCAGGGCUCAACUACGCAGCCUUGGUCAGUGGGGCAGGCCCCUCGCAGGCGGUGCUGUGGGCCAAAUCCCCUGGGGUACUGGCAGGGCGGCCUUUUUUCGAUGCCAUCUUUACCCAACUCAACUGCCAAGUCUCCUGGUUCCUCCCUGAGGGAUCGAAGCUGGUGCCGGUGGCCAGAGUGGCUGAGGUCCGGGGCCCUGCCCACAGCCUGCUGCUGGGGGAACGGGUGGCCCUCAACACGCUGGCCCGCUGCAGUGGCAUUGCCAGUGCUGCCGCCGCUGCAGUGGAGGCUGCCAGGGGGGCCGGCUGGACUGGGCACGUGGCCGGCACGAGGAAGACCACACCAGGCUUCCGGCUGGUGGAGAAGUACGGGCUCCUGGUGGGCGGGGCCGCCUCACACCGAUACGACCUGGGAGGACUGGUGAUGGUGAAGGACAACCAUGUGGUGGCCGCCGGUGGUGUGGAGAAGGCGGUGCGGGCGGCCCGGCAGGCAGCCGACUUCGCUCUGAAGGUGGAGGUGGAAUGCAGCAGCCUGCAGGAGGCCGUGCAGGCGGCUGAGGCGGGUGCCGACCUUGUCCUGCUGGACAACUUCAAGCCGAAGGAGCUGCACCCCACGGCUGCCGCGCUGAAGGCCCAGUUCCCAAGUGUGGCGGUGGAAGCCAGCGGGGGCAUCACCCUGGACAACCUCCCUCAGUUCUGCGGGCCGCACAUAGACGUCAUCUCCAUGGGGAUGCUGACCCAGGCGGCCCCAGCCCUUGAUUUCUCCCUCAAGCUGUUUGCCAAAGAGGCGGCUCCAGUGCCCAAAAUCCACUGGUCCUAAACCGGAAGAGGAUGACACCAGCCACGG